UCCCCCUCAGCCGGAGCCCAUUUCUUGCUCUGAAGUCUCACAGUGGGGAAAACAGGGAUGAAGCUACUCUUUGCAGCUACUUUUGCACUCUUUGUGCUGUCUGCCUUUGACCAGGCAGACUCCUCAGCUUAUGACAAAAUAGUUGCUCAUAGUCGUAUCCGAGCAAAGAAAGAAGGACCAAAUAUGUGCGCUCUCCAGCAAGUGGUGGGGACAAAGAAGAAAUACUUCAGCACUUGCCGUAAUUGGUACCAAGGGGCCAUCUGUGGAAAGAAAGCGACUGUGUUGUAUGAAUGCUGUCCAGGUUACAUGAAGCUGGAUGGCAUGCGUGGUUGUCCUGCAGUUGCUCCCAUUGACAAUGUUUUUGGCACUCUUGGCCUGGUCAAAGCCACAAUGACUCAGGACUACUCUGCUCAAUCCAAACUACGGGAAGAGAUCGAAGGUGCUGGGUCUUAUACUUUCUUCGCUCCCAGUAAUGAUGCCUGGAACCUUCUCGAUUCGGAGGUAAAGAAUGCUUUGGUGAGCAAUGUUAAUAUUGAGCUGUACAAUGCUCUGCACUACCACAUGGUCAACAAACGUCUGCUUACCAAAGACCUUAAGAAUGGAAUGACCCCCACUUCCAUGUACAACGACUUGAACCUGCUCAUCAAUCAUUACUCCAAUGGGGUCGUCACAGUGAACUGUGCCAGGAUCAUACAUGGCAACCAGGUGGCCACUAAUGGAGUGGUCCACGUCAUUGACCGCGUCAUCACGGCUGUUGGCAACACCAUUCAGGAUGUGAUCGAAGUGGACGAUGACCUGAGUACUUUGACCACUGUGGCCACUGCAUCCGGUUUGAUUGAGAAGCUGGGUCAACCAGGACACUUCACCCUGUUUGCCCCAACCAAUGAUGCCUUUGACAAGCUGGAUAGAGAGGUUCUGGACAGGCUUAUGGAAGACAAGAAAUCCCUCCAAGCUCUCCUCAACUACCAUCUGUUGAACUCUGUUCAGUGCUCCGAGGCCAUCAUGGCCGGCACAUCUUAUGAGACCCUGGAGGGCAGCAAUAUUGAGAUUGGCUGUGACGGAGAUAGUCUCACAGUCAACGGCAUCAAGAUGGUAUUCAAGAAGGACAUUGUCACCACCAAUGGAGUUAUCCAUCUCAUCGAUCAAGUCCUCAUGCCCGACUCUGCCAAGCAGGUUAUGGAGUUGGUUGGACGAUCUCAGGGCACUUUCAGUGACAUGUUGACAGAGCUGGGCUUAUCUGCAGCUAUGAGACCCCAGGCUGAGUACACGCUCCUGGCUCCACUUGACACAGCCUUCAGCGAUGAGGUGAUGUCCAUGGACCAGAGCUUCCUGAAGAUCAUUCUGGAAAACCACAUCCUGAAGAGCAAAAUUGUGCUGAGUCAGCUGUACAAUGGUCAGCGCCUGGAAACCCUCUCCGGAAAAUUUCUCAGAGUCUUCGUCUACCGCACAGCUGUCUGCAUUGAGAACGCCUGCUUGAUCCGUGGAAGCAAAGAAGGAAGUAACGGUGCCCUCCAUCUAAUGAAGACCCUGAUCACGGCAGCAGAUUCAAACAUGUACCAACUUCUGGUGAAAAAUGGAGCCUUCAAGAUCUUUUUGUCCCUGAUGGAGGCAGCUGGUCUGACUGAUCUGCUCAAACAGGAAGGAGAUUUCACACUUUUUGCUCCCACAGAUGAGGCUUUUGCAGGGCUCAGCGAGAGAGACUUGUCUCUUUUGAAGGGUGACGUUAACGCCCUCAGAGCCAUCCUGCUCUAUCACUUCAGUAACAGCAUCUUCAUCGGAGGAGGCUUGGAGACUGGAGUCACUAACCUCCUGAAAACUCUCCAGGGCAGCAAUUUGAAGGUGUUGUAUGCAAAUGAGAGCAUGCAGGUGAACACUGUGAAAGUUCCUGAUUCUGAUCUAAUGGCCACGAAUGGAGUUAUUCACUUCGUAAGGACUCUUCUGUACCCUGAGGAUAUACCGGUUGGGAACCAGGACCUCCUUACACUCCUGAGAAGGAUCAUCCGAUACAUCCAGAUUAAGUUUGUCUCUGGAUACAGAUAUCAGGAGAUCCCUUUGACAUUUAUGAAAAGAGUCAUCACAGUCCAGAGAGAACCCACCGUCACCAAGGUGACACGGGUCAUUGAGGGCCCGACAAAAAUGAAAAAGGUUACCCGUGUGAUUGAAGGUCAGCCCUCUGUCACUAAGGUCACCAGGGUAAUCGAAGGUGAACCUACCAUGACUAAGGUCACCAGAGUAAUCGAAGGUAAACCUACCAUGACUAAGGUUACCAGAGUCAUCGAAGGAGAUCCAUCUGUUACCACAUUCAUUGAAGGUCCUGAAUAUUCAGUCAGCAGCUCCUCCGAUGUGGAGCUUUAUGAUUUUGGCGAGAACCCUGAAGAAAUCACCAGAUUGAUUCAAGGAGGAAGAAUGACUCAAAAAGCCCUACCCCGAAGGAGAACCUAAAUCAAGACCAGCCAGAGUGAACACAAGUAGAAAACAAGACCUGAAGAGUAUAGAAAAUACUUCCUUCGUUUACUUGCGCAAUGGUCCAGAACCUACCAGGUUGGAGUUGAGUUUAAGGCAAAAGAAAAGCAAAUUCGAUUUUUGAUCAUUCCUGUUGCGCCAGAGAUAAUACAUGAUUUGGUUCAAGUACAUUUGAUCCAAACAGGAAUAUGAAAUUCCCCAUACGCAUGUAAAUAUUUCAAGCUCUCUCUCUUUUUUGGUGUAAAAUGUGCUUUGAAAAAUCACAGGUUCAUGAGUAAGUGAUCAUAUGUGACGUGAUGCACAAAAUCUGAUGAUUUUUGUGUUAAAACGAUUCAGAAUUUUUUGUACAACCAUGCAUUAUUUGUGGAGUACCGGUACACUUAAGGCAUCCGAACAGAAAUACAUAAAUGGAAACGUUCAUAUGAAAUACACGGUGUAGGGAAGAGUUGCCUUAAACCAGUAAUAUGUUAUUUUUCUGGGGUUUACCGUUGCAUGGACAGCGAUUUUAUGGUGCUCAUGUUUAGAUGGUGUAAAAUCUAAAAUAAAGCUAGAAAUAAUGUUGCAUUGUUUUGUUAUUAAAUCUCAAAUCUUUUUCAUGUUACUUUUCUGGUGGGAUAGAGGUUAAAUGUUCUUCUUUAGUGUUUUGUGUGUGUAUGUGAGUGUGUCCAUUUGCAUAAACCGUGCACAAAAAUGUGCUGAACAACGCAUGCUUUGAAACUCAAAGCUUUAACUCAAACUGAAUUUUCAUGUUUCCAGUUCAAAUUUAAUUCAGCAUAAACAGGUUUUGGCUCCUUUGCAUUUAUUUUUCAAUUUCCAUAAUAAACUCAACUUUUAGACAUGGAA